AUGUAUGAUUUCAGUUGUGAGAACAUGAAGGACUUGAAGUUGGGAUCUAUCGAAAUUGCGACAGGAAAAGGACUUCGUUUUCUCCUUGGGAGGUGCAAAGCACUGGAGAAGCUUUGCUUGGAGUAUGUUCGGGGUCUAAAUGACAACGACCUGAUUGCAUUAUCCCAGAGCUGCAACAACCUUAAAAGCAUCUCACUUUCGCUGGAUCCUCAGUACUAUCACGAUGAUUUCAGGACGGCAUUUACUGAUAACAGCCUUAAGGCUCUAGCUCUCAGCUGCCCUAUGCUUGAGACUGUUGAGCUCACAUUUGCAGAUUGUUCUCCCAUGUACCCGUCAGAAAUAGGCUUCACACGGAAGGGCCUAGUGGCUCUCAUUCAGUCUUGCCCGAUUCGUGUUCUCGUGCUAAGGCGCGCCAACUUCUUUAAUGACAAGGGGAUGAAGGCCCUCUCAUCUGCUCCAUUACUGGAGACGCUCGAGCUUGUGGAUUGCGAGGCUAUAACUAAUGCUGGGCUGGGUUUCAUUGUGCAUGCCCCAUGCUUGAUUAAUCUCACGCUCCUCUGUGAAGGUGUGACUGAUGUUGGAGUAUCGAAGCUGGCACAUUCACAGAAGUUAGAGUCUCUGAUCAUUGAACGCUGUUGCUGCGUCUCUGAGCAGGCAGUGCGUGGGGCUGCCAGAUCAGUUCAAUACUCCGAGUCUGUAAGCCACAGCGAGCUAGAAAAAUUGUUCAUGAGUUCUUAA